CCGGGGGGACUCAGAAUCCAGUGCCGCUCUCCUCGCUCUUCUCUAUAUUAUCUCAACUCCGCUUGCCAUCAGUUACUGAUUGAAGCCAAACAUUCAAACCGGGAUUGCUGUCUACUGCCUUUCAGUACUCCCUCACUGCAUUACAAAUGCGAGGAUACUGUCUGUGUAUACAGUCAGCGAGUAAACGGACAGGAGGCGAGCAUGUAAAAUAGUCACUGCCAAAAUGGACAAAGGGAACUACAUCAUUGCUUCGCUUCUUUUUCAACUGAUGGACUUAAUAUGUGGACAAUUCUUUCCAGGCAGCUGUUCGUUUGAAGAGCACUACAGCAGCUGUGGCUACAGUGUGGCCCUGGGGACCAAUGGCUUCGCCUGGGAGCAAGUCAACACUUGGGAGAGGCCCACUAUGGACGCGGCUGUUCCCACAGGUUCUUUCAUGGUGGUGAACGGCUCGGGCCGGGCAUCGGGGCAGAAGGCCCACCUGCUUCUGCCCACCCUGAAGGAGAACGACACUCACUGCAUCGACUUCCACUACUCUCUAUCCAGCCGCGACGGCUCCAGUCCCGGGGUGCUCAACGUCUACAUCAAGGUGAACGGCGGCACCCAGGGAAACCCUGUGUGGAAUGCCUCUGCCUCGGUGACCGAGGGCUGGGUCAAGGCCGAGCUGGCCAUCAGCACUUUCUGGCCCAACUCCUAUCAGGUGAUAUUCGAGGCCGUGUCCUUACAGGGCCAUCCAGGGUUCAUCGCGGUGGACGAGGUCCGAGUAUUGGCCCACCCGUGCCGGAAAGCACCUCACUUCCUGCGGCUGCAGAAUGUAGAGGUGAACGUCGGCCAGAACGCCACCUUCCAGUGUACUGCUGGGGGGAAGUGGUCCCAACAUGACCAACUGUGGCUACAGCAGUGGAACGGUAAAGAUACAGCCCUCAUGGUGACACGGGUGGUGAACCACCGACGUUUCUCAGCCACCGUCAGCGUCGGGGACACGUCCCAGAGGAGCACCAGCCGCUACCGCUGCGUCAUCCGCUCCGAUGGCGGCUCCGGUGUCUCCAACUAUGCCGAGCUCAUCGUCAAAGCUCCUCCCACGCCCAUAGCCCCUCCAGAGCUCCUGGCAGUGGGUGCUACCUACCUGUGGCUCAAGCCCAACGCCAACUCUAUCAUCGGGGACGGCCCCAUCAUGCUGAAGGAGGUGGAGUACCGCACCACCACUGGAAACUGGGCCGAGACCCACAUCGUGGACGCCCCCACCUACAAGCUUUGGCAUUUGGACCCCGACGUGGAGUAUGAGAUCAAGGUUCUGCUGACCCGGCCGGGCGAGGGGGGCACAGGACCUCCAGGACCUCCGCUUAUCACCCGGACCAAGUGUGCUGACCCAGUCCACGGGCCUCAGAACGUCAAUGUGGUGGACAUUCGGGCCCGCCAGCUCACCCUGCAGUGGGAAACGUUUGGCUAUGCCGUGACGCGCUGCCACAGCUACAACCUGACGGUGCAGUACCAGUAUGUGUUCAACCAGCAGGAGUUUGCGGCCGAGGAAUUGAUCCAGACAUCAUCCCACUACACCCUUCGGGGCCUGAGGCCCUUCGUCACCGUGCGCCUUCGCCUGGUCCUCGCCAACCCAGAGGGCAGCAAGGAGAGCGAGGAGAUCGUCAAGCAGACAGAGGAGGAUGUUCCUGGUUCUGUUCCAAUGGAAUCCAUCCAGACCGGACCGUACGAGGAGAAGAUCUUCAUGCAGUGGAAGGCACCUAACGAGACCAAUGGAGUCAUCACGCUCUAUGAGAUCACCUAUAAGGCUCUGAGCUCCUUGGACCCCAGUGCAGACCUGACCACCCAGCGCGGCAGGGUGUUCAAGCUACGCAACGAGACCCACCACCUGUUCGUAGGGCUCUACCCGGGAACCACCUACUUUUUCACCCUCAAAGCCAGCACCAACAAAGGCUUUGGACCCCCUGUCACCACCCGCAUCGCCACCAAGAUAGCAGCCCCAUCAAUGCCGGAGUACGAGACCGACAUGCCCCCUCUUAACGAGACGGACACCACCAUCACAGUUCUGCUGAAGCCUGCGCAGUCCAGAGGAGCUCCCGUCAGUGCCUACCAGCUGGUUGUGAAAGAGGAACGCAAGCAGAAGGUGCGGCGGGCGGCCGAUGUGCUGGAGUGCUUCUCCGUCCCGGUCAGCUUCAAGAAUGCCUCCAUCUUGGAUUUGCCCCACUACUUUGCAGCGGAGCUCCCGCCCACCUACCUGACUGUGGUGCAGCCUUUCACCAUAGGUGACAACAAGACCUACAACGGCUACUGGAACCCCCCUCUCUCUCCAGCCAAAAGCUACAGCAUUUACUUCCAAGCCCUGAGCAAAGCCAAUGGGGAAACCAAAAUCAACUGUGUGAGACUGGCUACUAAAGUGGUAAUAGGUAGGGGACAAAAUACCACGCCGUACAUACUUGUCAUCCCCAGUGAAGGUGCGUCCACCCAGGACUCCGACGCUGUGGAGCCCGAGAAGCAGGUGGACAGCACUGUUAAGAUGGCCGGUGUCAUCGCGGGCAUUCUCAUGUUCAUCAUCAUCCUACUGGGAGUUGUUCUCACCUUCAAACGCAGAGAGAUAUACACAUGGAGAACUCUGAGUGUGGGAAGAAAUGCAUAUUCCUACUCUUAUUACCUGAAACUGGCCAAAAAACAGAAGGAGACGGCCAGCAGCAGCAGCACCCAGAGGGAGAUGGGACCGGUGGGCACGGCUGAUAAGAGCACCACCAAAGUCAGCACUCUGCACAAGGACGACCCCUUCUCCACCAGCAGCCAGGACAUCAACGGUUUCACUUCCCCCUCUCCCUGCUCCUUCUCUCUGCAAGGAAAAACGCUGCAAAGCAAAUCCCUCUUGAAUUCCUACUACUCAGUGUCGAAGGAGCCAGUCCCUGCAACAGCAUCAAUUGACAGCAGCCAUAGUGAGAUGGCCCAGCCGUCGUUGACCAUCCAGACGUACCCGUACGGGGGCUGUGAGUCGGUGGAGAUGUCCUACCAGGCCGGCCAGUUCCAGCCGGCCAUCCGUGUAGCCGACCUCCUCCAACACAUUACCCAGAUGAAGUGUGGCCAGGGCUAUGGCUUUAAGGAAGAGUAUGAGGUAAGAAUGGGCCUGACGGAAGGACAGGCGGCCCCAUGGGAGACCGCCAAGAAGGAUGAAAACCGCAACAAGAACCGAUACGCCAACAUCAUCGCUUACCCCACAGAUGACCACACUCGAGUCAGGCUGCAACUGCUGGACGGAGACCCCCACUCAGACUACAUCAACGCCAACUACAUAGACGGGUAUCAUAGACCAAGACAUUACAUCGCCACACAAGGCCCCAUGCAGGAGACGGUGAGAGAUUUCUGGAGGAUGAUCUGGCAGGAGAAUUCCGGCAGUAUCGUCAUGGUUACCAACCUGGUGGAAGUGGGCAGGGUGAAGUGUGUGAGGUACUGGCCUGACGAGACUGAAGUGUACGGAGAUAUCAAGGUGACACUGAUCGAGACAGAGCCACUGGCCGAGUACGUCAUCCGCACCUUCACAGUACAGAAGAAGGGCCACCACGAGAUUCGAGAGAUCCGUCAGUUCCACUUCACCAGCUGGCCUGACCACGGGGUGCCCUGCUAUGCCACCGGCCUCCUGGGCUUCGUCCGCCAGGUCAAGUUCCUCAACCCGCCCGACGCUGGCCCCAUUGUGGCCCACUGCAGUGCCGGGGCUGGAAGGACAGGCUGUUUCAUAGCUGUGGACAUCAUGCUGGAUAUGGCCGAGAACGAGGGAGUGGUGGACAUCUUCAACUGCAUCCGGGAACUGCGCUCACAAAGGGUUAACAUGGUGCAAACCGAGGAGCAGUAUGUUUUUGUCCACGACGCCAUCCUUGAAGCCUGCCUGUGUGGAAACACGGCCAUCCCAGUCUGUGAAUUCAGAGCCAUAUACUAUAACAUUAGCAGACUGGACCCACAGACCAACUCCAGCCAAAUUAAGGACGAAUUUCAGACUCUGAACAUUGUGACUCCCCGGGUGCGGCCUGAAGACUGUAGCGUGGGACUGCUCCCCCGGAACCAUGACAAGAACCGCAGCAUGGACGUCCUGUCUGUGGAUCGAUGCCUGCCUUUCCUCAUCUCCGUGGAUGGAGAGUCCAGUAAUUACAUCAACGCUGCCCUCAUGGACAGCCAUAAACAGCCAGCAGCCUUCAUCGUAACCCAGCACCCACUGCCCAACACGGUGGCCGACUUCUGGAGGCUGGUGUUCGACUACAACUGCUCCUCGAUAGUAAUGCUCAACGAGAUGGAUGCCGCACAGUUGUGCAUGCAGUACUGGCCCGAGAAGAGCUCCUGCUGCUAUGGCCCCAUCCAGGUGGAGUUCAUCUCAGCCGACAUCGACGAAGACAUCAUCAACCGCAUCUUCAGGAUCUGCAACAUGGCCAGGCCCCAGGACGGCUACCGUUUGGUGCAGCAUUUCCAGUUCAUCGGCUGGCCUGCCUACCGCGACACGCCCCUGUCCAAGCGCUCCAUCCUGCAGCUGGUGAGACGUCUGGCAAAGUGGCAGGAGCAGUACGACGGGGGAGAUGGACGCACCGUGGUCCACUGCCUGACGGGGGGUGGACGGAGCGGUACCUUCUGUGCCAUCUGCAGCAUCAGUGAGAUGAUCCAGCAGCAGAACAUUGUAGACGUGUUCCACACCGUCAAGACGCUUAGGAACAACAAAUCCAACAUGGUGGAGACUAUGGAACAGUAUAAGUUCUGCUAUGAAGUUGCUCUGGAGGCUCUUAGUGCAUUCUGAGAGACUACCUCUCGUGUCAGUGGGACACAGUGCUGACACACUGUAGAGACACCAACCCAAAUGAGGCAGGGGAUGUGUGUGUGCAACCACACACGUGAAACUGUGUACAGAAGAAAAAAACACCCGCCACACUGGGUUUAUGUGUGCGCUUCUGCAAGACUGGGACCCCUUUCGUUUGUAUAAAGAAAAAAUGAAAUGAAAACCUUAAAACACCACUUUUAUUCUCUUUCUUCAGUGUCCAUCUUGAACUGUGAUGUGAUCUUGUACAGUAAUUUCCUUUUUAGAUAUAUGCCUUGAAUGUUAUACCCCCAAUGUAAAAAUACCACCUGGAAGAUUAGCUGAGGUUAUGGCGUCAGAUGGUGGGGAUCCUAAUAAGAAUAAAUAAAAAAAACACAUACAGACCAACGAACAGAACCGAUACCACCGUACAGACGAAGACAAAUGCAAGUUGGGAAGAUUCGAACUCUCCCUGGCUUUGCACCUCUUUUGAAUGAACAUUAAUAACGACUGUAUUAUAUAGCCGCACACCCCCAACCGUUUUAACGAACACAAAAUGGCAUAUAUUUUUUGUAAUUCUUUGGAUUUUGUGGUUCCUGCAACAUCUUUACAUCCAUGUUCACACACUGAUUUUCUCGCAUUCGCAAUGUGACGUCUUCAGUCAAUGUUUUGGUUUGUUUUGGUAUUGUGGCAUGUCCUCAUAAUUCUGGUGUCCCAUGGCUCUUGUGCUGUGCAGACAAUCAUAAAUUCCGAGACCCAUUCUGGUUUGCAUUGAAAGUGAGAGAAGAGUUAGUCAACGCUUUAGCAUUCUAUGCUGGUGCUACCUAUACAGUAUUCAUCAAAACGUUCAUGUGUUUUGCAAUUUGCACUGUAUUCUGCACUGCUUUACCUUCAAACACGUUUUUAACUCUUGUGUAAUUUGAUUGAUAGUGCCAUAUUCACAUCUUUAAACACACACAUACGAUUUGAACCAAAUUGUGAAGAAACGUGUCAGCCGAAGGAUAGAGUGGGAUAAUGUUCUAGUAAUGUGCACCUCAAACUUGUCAAACACCGUAGCAACCCCUGCCCUACUGUUGCCCAACCUCAGGAUUUGGUGAGAAGAAUACUUCGCUUUUCAUCCUUGUCCAUUCUGCGCCCAUACUCUACAUUAUAGGAGCAGUUUGGCUUUGUGUAAGGAUGUCCUAAUAUGGACACCAUAACUGUGUUCUGAUAUUACUCUCUCCCUAUGCAUCUAAUCUAAACUGUUUGACAUGGACACAGAAUCCAGAAUCUGAAAUUGUGAAUCCAACUCGACUGAGGCAGGGAUUCAAUCCGAGCGCUCUUGUUGACAAUGCGGCUUUUAUAGGCAAUGUUACCGUGUUUGCAGAAAUCACAUUCAAGGUAAACUCUUCAGCUGCUCAAUUGGAAAUUACCUUUAAAUGUCAAGUGCGCAAUGGCGCGGUUUCGGAUCGAGUCCCGGCCUGAACUUUGCACGCUAACAGUGUUUUGACUGUGUUUUCUGUUCGUUGAAUGGCAUUAGUACAGUAUUGUACAGGGCUUUGUCAGUAGAAUGUUUUGCUCAACAUGGACAGUGACUUAAAGAAGUAGUCUUGUAUCAACACACAGCAUAGUUGUACUACUGACAUGCAGUUGUUUGGUGACUGAAGACACAAAGAGAAACCGUGUUGGAAUUCGAAUAGAAGAGAGGAAAAUGUGAACGCAAGUUGUUUUCAAUUUUUUCCCGAUAGGCUUUAUUUGGCUUUUCAUAUCUCCACUUUCUGUAUUAUAUUUAGUUUUCCUCCUUUUUUUCUUGCAUUUGUAUAACUUUUUUUUUGGUCUAGCAAAGUGAUAUUUAGAUCUGGUGAUGAAAUUGCCAUGGUUGUUUUGUUGUUAGAAAAUGUGGUAAUAUCAAAUAAAGGGACCAAAAUGUUGAACAA